AUGUCAGACGAUCAGAUUCAAGAUUCCAGCGUAGAGAAUGAGGAGUUCUCCAACUCUUCUCCAAAUUCAAAUAAUGUUUCUGCCAAUAUUGCUGAAGAACUUAUCCCUACCGCUAUUGUGAUUAAAAACAUCCCUUUUGCCAUCAAGAAGGAACAACUUUUGGAAGUUAUCGCCAAGAUGGAUCUACCACUGCCUUAUGCUUUCAACUACCAUUUUGAUAACGGUGUGUUUAGAGGGUUGGCCUUUGCGAACUUCACUACUACGGAAGAAACUACAACGGUUGUUCAAAGCUUGAACGGCAAGGAGAUCGGUGGAAGGAAAUUAAGAGUGGAAUACAAGAAGAUGUUGCCACAAGCAGAAAGGGAGCGUAUCGAACGUGAAAAGCGUGAGAAGCGAGGGCAAUUGGAAGAACAACACAGAUCGAUGAGCAAUAUCUCGUUGCAAUCCCUAGGUGCCACGCCUUCCUCGGCACCACCAGGUGGCCCUUCAAUGGCCUCGAACAACUCCUCUUCUCAGUUGUUCAACUCAUUCAUGAAUGCAGACUCUGCAGCUCCUGGUUCUGUCUCAAUGGGCACUGUUCCUCCAAGUCCUCAACCGUCUAUUCACCAUCAUCAUUCCCAACUUUCUGCUCAAAACACUGCAGCAUCUAUGUCAAUGCUGUCAAUGCAAGGGCUUCCUCAAAUGUCCGAGAGAUUCUAUGCUCCAUUACCAGCAGCUGCCAACCUCGUGUUGCCACCUCAGCAGCUAGAUUUCAAUGACCCUGACACACUUGAGAUUUACAGUCAGUUGCUUUUGUUCAAAGAUAGAGAAAAGAGAUAUUACGAAUUGGCUUACCCUAUCGGUGUAUCAGCCAAUCACAAAAGGGUUAUUAACGUACUAUGUUCAUUCUUGGGUCUUAUUGAAGUCUAUGAUCCAAGUUUUAUAAUAAUCAGACGUAAGAGCCUGGACCAUGCCACUUUACAAACCCAUCUGCAACAACAAGGCCAAAUGGACAUGAUGCAACCUUUACAACCUUCAUCAACCGGUGGUUCCAUUUCCAGAUCUCAAUCUUACACCAGUUUACUCCAAGCACAUGCAUCGAUGAGUCAUGGAAUACUUUCACAACCCAACGCUUCUAAAAACUUGGGAAACUUACAAGGCACAUCUACUCAAUCAGCUGGACCUGUAUCUAAUGCUUCUACUACAGCUACUACGGGCAGUAACUCCACUGCAAACCAACCACCAUCCCCAGGUCAACCUUUAAUGCAGACAUCUUCCUCUCUUCAUCAGGAUAAUGGUGCUAGUUUGAGGAACCAAGUCACAACACCAUCCAUAAUGCAGAACAGAAUACCAUCUGGUUUCCAAACAAAUACUCAGCAACACAUGACUUCUUCUAGUCUGUUAAGGAACCAGGGUAUUUCUCCCCCGCAACAACAGAUUGGCAUAAAUCAAUCUAACACUGUGCGGGUUCCUUCUUUAUACCAGUCACAACCAGGCACACCAGGCAUCAACGAAAACAGAUUUGCGCAAUUAACUUCUGCUCAAUUGCAACAGCAACAAUCUCAACAACAACAACAACCUCUAGCACCGCAGCAUACUUCAGAGUCCAUUCAUUCCAACUACAGUGUUCAUUCUAUCCACGACUAUGUUCCUGGUUCUAACAACCAAGGUUACCAAUCGGGCUCUAUAUCAGCUAGUGGUGACAUGCUGGAUGAUGGUUUGACCAGAAGUUUAAGUGGAUUGGAUCUAGGAAAGAGACAUGGAACUUCGGCUACUAACAGUAAUAAUCUAUGGAGCUGA